CACAUAAAGGUUUGCACGGUUAAUUAAGCAUUUUGAUACAGGAGCCCGGCUGCAUCAUCCAUAUGCAAAACUGAACGAUGAUUAACGAUGAUGGAAAUUGUCUUAAGGUUUUAGUGAUGAGCAUUGUCAUUUCCAAGGUAUUACAUUUUCUGCAAAAAAAAAAAUAAAUAAAUAAAUGAAUUGCUUACUUGUGCACAACUCACCACUAUGCUGCAGUAUUGUGGGUGGCUUGCCUUCCAGUAUGUGGUUUAUGGCUCGGGUGCUUUUUUCAAUAAAGUCUGUUUUUGUUAUUGUCCACCAAGCAGAAAUCUAUACUGACCUAGUGUUUCUUAUUUAGAGACUUGUUCAAGUCCCCUUUGUCUAGUGAUGGAUUUGUUUUGCUAUUACAAACGCAGCUUUUCACUUCACAAGAACUGGAGUCGCGUGGAUUACUUGUGGAUUAUUGUCAUGCUUUUAUCAGUGUUUCGGACUGACGGCACCCAUUCAGCAUCCGCUGCUGAGCAAGUGAUGUAAUGCAAAUGUAUUCUGAUGUAGAAACAACUCACGUUACUUUUUCAGCAAAUUUCUAUGUUAGGGUGAACUUUUGCUUUAAGAACGGAGCCCUUAAAAAAGUCCAAACAUCUAAAAUUGAAAAGUUUGCGGUCAAUAAAAUAAAGCUGGCUAUAAGUAGUUUAAUAAUAUUGUUCAAGUAAUGUUCACAGUUGCACUGAUUAUGUAACACUUGACGAUGAGCCUGGGGAUGGUUCUGUUUUAAUCCAUGUAAGAAUUUGUGUCAUUUGUUUAUGGUUGGCCGUCAAGCCACAUUUAAUUUACCAACCUAUUUUACUUUGACCUUAUAUCAUUUAUUUGUUGUAAUAAAAGCGUGGGUGUAUCAGGAAGGGCAGGACAUUUUCAGGACCAUCAGCAACUGAUUUGAGGCGACAGUGAAGAUGGAGCCAUGGCUAUAUGCUUUGCUCUCCAGUCCCCUUUGCCUCACGGCAACCUUUUUCAACAUCAUCUUCUCUUUUUGCCUAAUGAGACCAGUCGCCGGAGUGACGCUUCGCAAUCCACUGUGCUUCUUGUUAAUUGUGGUGCUAUUCAAUUCAACGUUUCAACAACUGGUGACUGUGAUGACCAUAGUUAUGCUGCUUUUUGAUGCACCGUUCUGGCUUCAAACGCUAACCAGAGCUUUGAUUUAUCAGUUUUUCUGCGCCAACUUCUCCUGCAAUGCCUGGAUCAGCAUUUUCUACUACAUUUCAAUUGUUCCUCAACAACAUCCAGUCUUCAUGUGGAUUAAGAGGAAUAUUAAUGCCAUAAUAUAUAUCGGCUUCGCUCUGAAUCAAAUCGUGCUUGUGAUUUCUUUGUCUUUGGGAGCAGUGAUGUAUUUUUUGCUCGAGCCUGUCCCAAACAAUUCCACUUCACCCAAACUAAACAAAACAUCAACAUUCGAAAACUCAGACUCAGUCCUGUAUUUGUUUCACGUGUCCAAUUUUACAUAUUUGCUAUAUUGCACCUGCCCGCUGUUUACAUUAUUAUUCUCUUGGGGAAAAACCUUUGUUUAUCUACGUGAACAUAUGAAAAAGAUGGGACAGAGUGGCGAAUCUUUUUCCCAGCCUCAGCAGAAGAGCCAGAUGAGGGUGACAGUAACUGGCAUGGUACAGGCAGCCCUUUUUCUGCCCAGCAGCCUAUGGACUAUAGCAGCUGCUUCCCUCUACAUAACAGACCUCUUUGAAAAGGUUGAUCCCAGUAGAUUUGUCACAAUGACAUUCUGCUCAAUGUCCAGUUUGGGAAAUUUACUGUGUUUUGGAUUCUCCCAGUCUGUGUUUCGCCAUGGAAUUGUAAGUGUCAUUAAGAAACUAAAGAGACACAAAUGAGAUCUUAGGAUUCUCCCCACUUACACGUAG